AUGAGGAAAAAAGAAGCGGCUAUAAUCAAGCUGGAUUUUCAAAAGGUAUAUGAUAGGGUCAAGUGGAGCUUUGUGGACAUUGUUCUACAGAAGAUGGGUUUUAGGCGCAAGUGGAGGCAGUGGGUUAUGGAGUGUGUUUGCACAUCUUCUAUGUCAGUAUUGAUAAAUGGUUCACCAACAAAGUCGUUCAAGAUGGAAAGAGGUCUGAGACAAGGCGAUCCUCUGUCUCCUUUCUUGUUUGAACUUGUUGAUGUCUUACAUAGAAUGAUUGAAGUGGCAGUUAGAAAUGGCCGGAUAUCCCCAUUAUUCAUUGGGGGGAGACAAUAUAGAAUUGUCACGUCUCCAGUUUGCCGAUGA